CGUCAUUUGUUCCAGCGCAGUCACCGGCGCGCGCGGGGCUCGGUGCUCAAUGCGCUCCUCCCAAAUCCCGGACUGCUCCGUUAUCUGCCCCGUUAGAGUCCUCCAUACCGGAACUUCAGCCGCUGCUACCGAGAGCGUUCCCGGAAUGUGACCACCUACUAAACAAAGCCCGAAAGCCCGUUCAGACCGUUCAGUCCGUUCAUUCGCCGCAGCAAGAAAAGCCUGAAUGCUCUCAAAGUGGUGCAGCAUCUGUUCUUUAGCUGACAGAUGUGCAGCGUGGCUUGACUGAGGUGUGCUUGCUGCGAUGGUGCUGGAUCUGGGGGAGAACUGUAUGGAGCGGGCUGAUGGGGAGGGCAUGGCCACUACUGGCGCAGACGUUCAGGAGUCAGAGCCCAUUUUGGAAAAACCCAAACCUGUCCGGGCCAGAGCCAGAACCAGCAGCAUCACCCAGAGGGACAGACUGCUGCACAAUGGGCCUCAAGCACAGACUUGUACAUCCGCCCUUGGUAAUACACAGUCGGAGCAAAGGGCUAAGUGUGGGGUGGGGGGAAGCAGCAGAGGAGCUGAGCCAUCAGGUGGACCCCGAAGGCCCCUGAGCCUGGAGAUCAAACCCCAGCGCCUUAGAGCCAAUCAUCAUCAGCCUGACAGGAAGGUUGUGCAGCCACCAUGGCGUUGUGGUGCGCCCUCUCCUCCAGUACGAAGCCUGACAAGCCCCAGCCUGGGCCCUGGAGGCUGGAUGCGCCGCAGCGAGAGCACCUGCACCAUGAAUGCCACAGCGCCCCCUAGAGCAGGAAGAGGACGAAUGCGACCAGCGACUUCCUUGCCGCACAUCGCCAGGGGUAUCGGGGCCACACCACUUCCCACACCUUCUACUCCACGUGGACCCUGCCUGCUGGUAGCUCUGCGCCCCACAAAUCUCGAGCAGGAGCGCCAGACCUUUUUCCAGUCGGACUAUAAGUACGAGCCUCAGUUUGAGUACACUUCCCCAGAACCCAGCAGCGUACUGGAGAAGUAUAAGGAAGGCUCAGGUCUCUUUCUUUCCCAGGCAGUUGGUAUAAUGGAGUGUGUCUUGAGGAAGUUUGGCACUUAUGAGAACUUUGAAGAAGUUACAGGAGGAAGUGUUCUGCCAAAAAGCAGAGUGUGGUCAACAGCGCGCAAGUACUUACAGAAAGAGGGCUGUGUGGGAGAGGUGGUGGUGUGUCUGUCUGACGAGCUGCUGUCCCAGGCUGUGAUGAUGGUGGAGAGCUGUAGGCCAACGCUAACAAUCAACUUGUCCGGAGCAAGGCAACACUGGCUAGAAGGGAUGCUGAGACAUGAGAUUGGUACACAUUACUUACGGGGUGUGAAUAACAGUAUGCAGCCAUGGGCCACUGCUGUUGGAAGGAAGCAAUUUGGACUAAAGCCAGCCAAUCCUACAGAGGAGGGACUGGCCAGCCUUCACAGUGUGUUGUUGCGGAAACAGCCAUUCUUGUGGCGAGCUGCUCUUCUGUACUACACUGUGCACCAUGCAGCCAACAUGAGCUUCAGCCAGCUUUUCAGCCAUAUUGCUCGCUUUGUCCAGGAUCCUGCUGUACGCUGGGAGUACUGCCUCCGUGCCAAACGGGGACAAACAGAUACCUCUAAACCAGGCUGCUUCAGUAAAGAUCAGGUUUACCUUGAUGGAAUCCUUAGGAUUUUACGCCACAGGAGAAACAUAGAUUUCAAGAUGUUAACCUCACUGGGAAAGGUGUCCUAUGAAGAUGUGGAGAGACUUCGUCCUUUUGCAGUUCUCCACAAAACGAAGAUUCCUCACUUCAUGCGAGACCAAGAACGUUACCUGCAGCAACUCGACCACAUUGUUACAGUGAACGAACUGAACGACGCUGAGCUGCAAGAACUGAUCCCAUGAAUCUUCAGGUAGCUGGUUGUUCUGGAGAAAGGAGUCAGAUUUGAACAUCUGUUCCAUCGCUUUUAUAAACACACUAAUCACAUCAAAACCGAAUUGUUCUGGGCAAAAAAAACCAUUGUUUUGUGCCUGGAUUAUAAUUAGCGGUCGAAUAUCAUAUAUAAAAGUAUCAUGCCAGUACCAUAUCAACACAUCUGACAGUUAUGUUGAAUGGAAGGUCAUUUUAUCGUUUUAUGGUAGUUUUAUCAUGUUAAUAUCACUUACGUGUUAACAGUCUUUGUUAAAGCUUUUUAAGUGCCAGUAGAACUAAGUAUAACACUUUGAUAUAUAUUUGAUGGCUGCCUACGUAAAGACUUCA